AUGGACGAGUCGGCCACUCCAAACUCCGAAGGUGGAGGGACAACGCCCAAACGGGUACUUGCUUGCCAGUUGUGUCAGCAGCGCAAAGUCAAAUGCGACCGCAAAUUCCCGUGCUCGAACUGUGUGCGCAGCAACGCCCGCUGUGUCCCCGCGACCCUCGUCCCCCGCCAGCGCCGCCGCAGGUUUCCCGAGCGCGAACUGCUCGCCCGCAUCCGCCACUAUGAGGCACUGCUCCAGGAACAUCACAUCCCUUUCGAACCGCUGCAUCCUCCGGCCCCGGGCAACCCCGAGAGCAGCAACCAGUCCCAGUCCGGUCACUCUCCCAACACCCGGUCGGAACCGCCCUCUUCAUCCGAACACAGCAGGGCCACCAGGCCAAGAUUAUCAACGAACAUUUGGCGCGCUCUAAGCCAAAAGAAGUUCAAUUCCGAAGAUGAGGCCGGCGACGAGGGUGAAGAAGACGAACCAGGUGGCAAAUUCUUUCACUACGACGAUGACCAGCGGGACGCGGUGAUGAAGCACACUUGGGACCGCUACCACGGUGCCUCUGACACCAGUCACCAUCUUCUCUUUGGCACCCCCGGCAGCAGCGUCGACCUGACCACCUUACACCCGACCCAGGCCAAGAUAUUCCGCCUCUGGCAGAUCUACCUCGACAAUGUCAACCCCUUGCUCAAGGUCACCCACACGCCCACCAUGCAAACCCGCAUCAUCGACGCCGUCAACGACCUGGCUAAGAUGGCUCCGCCGCUGGAGGCCCUUCUCUUCAGCAUAUACUGCGUCGCUCUCUUGAGCGUUACCGAGGGUCAAUGCCAGACCCUGUUUGGAUCGCCGAGGAAGGAGCUCCUGGCAGGCUAUCAGUUUGCCUGCCGGCAAGCGCUGAUCAACGCGAACUUGCAAUCUGGCGACUAUGACUCCCUGACCGCCUUGUUUCUUUAUCUGGUCUCCGUCAAGCCCGUCACCGACCCCCGGGCUCUAUCCACUAGUCUGUUGGCCCCAGCGAUCCGCAUCGCGCAGCACCAGGGCUUCCACACUGAGUUCAGCAACGUCCGGCGCCCUACCCUCGAGGCCGAGAUGCGCCGGAGGCUGUGGUGGGCAUUGGUCGUCUUUGAUGCCCGAAUCUGCGAGACCUUCACCUCGAGAACCACAACUCUCAACCCAACCUGGGACUGUGGCACGCCCUCCAACCUGAACGACUUUGACCUCCGGCCAGACAUGAAGACGGCUCCUUUCGUCCACGAAAGGCCCACCGAGGCCCUGUUUGUGUCUGUCCGCAGCUCCGUGAGCGACCUCGUCCGCCAUUCAGCUUUCCACCUCGACUUUACAUGUUUCGAUCCGUUGUUGACGACUCUGUCCCGAGCCAAGAAGCCCGUGACGAUACCGCUCGGUGCAUCCGACGAAACUCGUCAGCUGCCGGAACUCCAAAAAAAGGCUGAUCGGCAAAACCUGCUCGACCUGCAGAGACACAUCGAGGAACACGUCUUUGCCCACUGCGACCCGGAAAACCCGCUCCACUUCAUGACCAUGUGGACGGUCCGCGGCUACUUCGCAAAGAACUGGCUGAUGGAGCACUGCUCGUGGCAAUCCGACGAUGCUCCGACUCCCGAGUCCCAUCAACCCUCCUCAAUAUCAACAAAAGCAACAACAACGAAACCAACCGAAGCACACCUUCAUCCCCAUCCAAACCCAGGUGUCUCCCACGCGCUGCGCAUGUUAGAAUGCGACACCAAACUCAUGUCCUCCCCGCUAACAAAGAGCUUCCAUUGGUACAUCCAAUCGCACUUCCCUUUUCUAGCGUAUGCCUACCUCGUGCACUACCUCAAGAAGCGGCCUGGCGAGGCGGCGCAGGCGGACUCAGCCUUGUGGGAGGCCAUGCACGCGAAUUAUGAAGCGCGCAAGAUGGACUUUGCCGAGACGCACAAGCCGCUGUUUGUCUUGUUUGCGAGGAUCGUGCUGCAGGCCUGGGACGGGGUGGUGAUGGUGCCGGGGGUGCGGCUAGAUGGGGAUGGGGAUGGGGAAGGGUUGCAGCGGGAGAUGUGUCCGAGGAUUGUGGCUAGGAUUAAGAGGAGAGUUGCGGAGAUGGAGGGUAGGGCGGCGGAGGAGCCGGUUGGUGGUGGUGCUGGAGAGGGGUUCGCGGUGGAUGAGGCUAUAGUGGCGUCUGGCGGAGCGGUAUCGUCUGGUUUGAGGGCGCCUAUUGGCGAUGCCACUGGGGCGCAACCGUCCUUUGUAAUACCGGGACUGGGCGGUGUCUGGGGGAUGUUGCCGGGUGACUCGGGGAUGGAGUUCAUGGAUCUCGACCAGUUCUACCCCACGACAGAUUGGGGGUUGAUGCAGGGACGUGGUUGGUGA